AACUUUUUAGUCUUAUUAGUUUAUGUUUAUUUUAAGACAUAUAAAUCAAUUAUCAAUGUAUACAAUAUGGUAAAAGAACAAUUUAGAGAAGCUGCUGUGGGGAAAAAAAUAUCUAGCAUCAAUUUUGGGGUAUUUUCUGCAGAUCAGAUACAGCAAUUAGCAACUGUACAAUGUGUGGCAAAAUCUUUAUAUACACCUGAUGCUACUCGAACACCUGUACCCUACGGUGUUCUCGAUAAAAAACUGGGUACAAGUGGAAAGGAUAAAGUAUGUGAUACUUGCGGGAAAAAUCUCGUGGAGUGUGUUGGCCAUUUUGGUUUCAUUGAUCUUGAAUUGCCAGUAUUUCAUAUUGGGUACUUUCGUUCAACAAUUUCAAUUCUCCAGCAAAUAUGCAAAACUUGCAGUAGAGUUAUAAUUCCAGACGCAGUCAAGGAAACAUUCAUAAUUUCUUUACGAAGAGUUGGAAUUACAACAUUACAACGUAAAAAUAUCCACAAAAAGAUUUUGGAGAAAUGUAAAAAGACUUCCACAUGUCCAUACUGCCUUGAUAAAAAUGGAACUGUAAAGAAGUUAAGUAUGAUGAAGAUUGUUCAUGAAAAAUAUAAAAAUACAAAAAAACAGGAAGAUCCAUUAAUAACAGAUUUCAAGAACUCAUUUCAGGCAGCCACAGAAAGUAAUAAAGAGCUUGGUAGUCUUGUUAAUAAAGCGCAGGAGUUACUAAACCCUCUUAAAGUACUUCAGUUAUUUGAAAAUGUUCCCAAUGAGGACUGCCCUUUACUGGGUAUGCUCCCACAAACUGGUCGACCAGAAGAUUUAAUUAUGACACGUAUCGCUGUGCCGCCAGCAUGCAUCAGACCUUCAGUUUUAUCGGAAUUACAAUCUGGAAGUAAUGAAGAUGAUGUCACAAUGAAAUUAACAGAAAUAAUAUUUCUAAAUGAUGUUAUUCGCAAACAUCAGUCCACUGGCGCCAAAGUGCAAAUCAUCAUGGAAGAUUGGGAUUUUUUGCAACUACAAUGUGCAUUGUAUAUCAAUAGCGAAAUGUCUGGUAUUCCAAUGAACAUGCAACCUAAAAAAGCUACUAGAGGAUUUGUUCAGAGAUUGAAGGGAAAACAGGGUCGAUUUCGUGGAAAUUUAUCAGGAAAACGUGUAGAUUUUUCUGGAAGAACAGUCAUAUCACCUGACCCAAAUUUAAGAAUUGAUCAGGUUGCUGUCCCUAUACACGUAGCAAAGAUUUUAACAUAUCCUGAAAGAGUUACGAAAGAAAACAUAAAAUUUAUGCGACAGCUUGUAGUUAAUGGACCUGACACACAUCCUGGUGCAAAUUUUGUUGAGAAUAAAUCUACAGGGAUGAAAAGAUUUUUGAGAUAUGGUAAUCGUUCGAAUGUUGCAAACCAACUCAAACAUGGAGAUGUCGUUGAAAGGCACUUGCUUGAUAAUGACAUUGUGCUGUUUAACCGUCAACCAUCAUUGCAUAAAUUAAGUAUAAUGGCGCAUUAUGCAACAGUACGCCCACAUCGUACUUUUCGAUUCAAUGAAUGUGUCUGCACACCUUAUAAUGCAGAUUUUGAUGGAGAUGAAAUGAACUUGCAUCUUCCACAAACAGAAGAAGCUAAAGCCGAAGCUCUUACCUUAAUGGGUGUUAAAUCAAAUUUGAUUACUCCUAAAAAUGGCGAACCAAUUAUUGCUGCCACUCAAGAUUUUAUAACUGGUGGAUAUUUGGUGACGCAAAAAGAUCUAUUCUUCACCCGACCACAGUUUUGUCAAAUUACAUCGAUGAUAUUAGCAGGGAAAGAUGUUACAAUGAAAAUUGAUCUUCCUCCACCUGCUAUUGUGAAGCCAAUUGCUUUGUGGACUGGAAAACAAGUUGUCAGUGUCAUGCUUCGUCCCAAUAAAUCCUCCCCCGUAAAGAUCAAUUUGAGAACAAAAGGGAAGUCUUACACUAGCAACGAAGAAUUGUGCAUAAACGAUUCCUACAUUGUGGUCCAAAAUAGUGAAUUGUUGGCUGGAGCUUUGGAUAAAAGUGUAAUUGGUUCGGGAUCGAAGAGUAGCAUAUUUUACAUUUUGUUGCGAGAUUACGGGGAACAGGCUGCUGCUGAUGGGAUGUGGAGGCUAGCAAGAGUGGCACCAUGGUUUUUGAGUAAUCGUGGUUUUUCCAUUGGUAUCGGUGAUGUCACACCUGGCCCUGGGUUGAUAAAAGCAAAAGAAAAAUUGUUAGCAGAAGGCUACGCGAAGUGUGAUAAAUUCAUUGAGGAUUAUUCAAACGGAAUGUUGCAAACACAGCCAGGCUGUUCAGCGGAAGAAACAUUAGAGGCUAUUAUCCUGAGAGAGCUUUCCGUUAUUCGUGAACAUUGUGGUAAAGCCUGCUGGCAAGAAUUACAUCGUAGUAACAGUCCAUUAACUAUGGCGGUUUGUGGUUCUAAAGGUUCUUUCAUCAACAUAUCACAAAUGAUAGCGUGCGUGGGUCAACAAGCUAUAUCUGGUCAUCGUACCCCUGAUGGAUUUGAAGGAAGGUCAUUACCUCACUUCAGAAAACAUUCUAAAAUCCCAGCUGCUAAAGGUUUUGUUGCAAACAGUUUUUUCUCUGGUAUAACUCCAACGGAGUUUUUCUUUCACACGAUGGCUGGUAGAGAAGGUUUAGUUGAUACUGCUGUCAAAACUGCAGAAACUGGUUACAUGCAGAGAAGAUUAGUAAAGUCUCUCGAAGAUCUUUCGUUGCAAUACGAUUACACAGUGCGCUCCUCCAUGGGUGAUAUUGUGCAGUUUAUAUAUGGCGAAGAUGGACUUGAUCCAGCUUGCAUGGAAGGCAAAGAUAAACCAAUUGAUGUUGAGAGAAUAUUUCAACAUUGCAAGAAUUUAGACCCCGGUCUCACUGAAUCAUCUCUAAAUGGCAAUCAGAUUGGAGAAGUUGUAGAACAUAUUAUAAAAGUAUCUGCUGAUAUUUCCCGUUGUGGAGAUUUAUUGUCGGAUGAACUCAAAGAUUUCUUUAACAAGCUCUCGCAGAAAGUAUCAUCCUACAUAAAAAAGCUGAAUAAAGAGCAACUUUCUCGAGUUAGAGUCAUAAAUCCUUCUCUGCACGUGACGAAGUCUCUUUUGGAACAUACCAUAUCUAUUUGUGUGCAGAAAUAUUUAAGAGCGAAAUGUGAGCCAGGGACUGCUGUUGGAGCACUGUGCGCGCAAAGUAUUGGUGAACCUGGUACACAGAUGACGCUGAAAACGUUUCAUUUUGCUGGUGUUGCAACAAUGAAUAUUACGCUUGGUGUUCCUCGCAUUAAGGAAAUUAUCAAUGCAUCUAAAGCUAUCAGUACACCAAUUGUAUCUGCGCCUUUACAAAACGAUACAGAUAUCGAGUAUGCGAGACGAGUUAAAGGUCGUGUCGAAAAAACAACACUGGGAGAAGUGUGUGAGUACAUAGAAGAAGUAUUUACUCCGGAUGAUUGCUACCUCUUGAUAAAGAUUGAUAUCAACAGAAUUCGUUUGUUGAAGUUAGAAGUUGAUGCAUCCUCUAUUAAAUAUGCGUUAUGUAUUGCACCAAAGCUGAAGAUAAAACCACAGCGUGUCUCGAUCCAUGGCAAAUCUUUGCUAACAGUGCACCCACAAGAAACAACUAAAAGCUCCAUGUAUUACGUCAUGCAGAUGUUGAAAGGUGCUUUACCUGCUGUUCUGAUAAAGGGUUUUCCGACAGUCAGUCGAGCAAUUAUACAUGUUGAUGAGGAGAAUAAAAAAAAUGGUGGAAAAGAAAGGUUUAAGUUACUUGUGGAAGGAGACGAUUUGAGAGCUGUCAUGGCUACACGAGGUGUACGAGGGACUGGCUGCACGUCUAACAACACAAUCGAAGUAGAAAAGACGCUUGGUAUUGAAGCGGCAAGGGUGACGAUUAUGCACGAAAUUACGUACACAAUGAAAAGUCAUGGUAUGAGUAUUGACAGCAGACAUGUCAUGUUACUUGCUGACUUGAUGACAUUCAGGGGUGAAGUGCUGGGAAUAACUCGACAUGGACUAGCUAAAAUGAAAGAAAGUGUUCUGAUGUUAGCUUCAUUUGAACGAACAGCUGAUCAUUUAUUCGAUGCUUCGUUUUUUGGAAAACGAGACGCCAUUAACGGUGUUAGUGAAUGUAUUAUAAUGGGGAUUCCAAUGAACCUUGGUACAGGAAUGUUUAAGCUUUUACAAAGGCAUGCUGAAGAAGUAGAAGUCCGAACACGUCCUCUCGUUUUCGACACUCCGGAGUUUCACCUGGCAGAAAUGACGUGACGACAAUAAUACGCGUAUAUCGAAGUUUGCACGGGUUUCAAUGAUUAGGCGUGUUUCGAUGAAUGAUGCGUCCCGAAGGUUCUGACCACGACAGACCAACUAUCGAUGAAAAAUUAGCGUCAAGAUAUGAUGACAAAUCUAUUUUCGUAAAAACAAUUUAACACAUUUUGCUGAAAUGUAAGGUUUAUAUUUGACAAUUAAAAUUUCGACUA